CCCGGAACGACCCCUGGAACUGGAAGAAAUCCUGGCCGGAAUUUGUUACUUAAUAUAUGCAAGCUUGCCGUAACCGAACGAGCCCUUAAGCAGGCAGGCGCUCCUGAGCGGCGGUCGUGGUCGUCGCUCGCUAGCUUCCGCGGUCGGAGUUCGGAGUUCUCGCCGGCGGGGAUGGCGGGGCACUCGCAGACCAUGAUCGACAAGAUGCAGCUGCGGCAGGGCUACCGCAACGUCUGGCACACCGACCUCACCAGCGCCGUCGCCGCGGACCUCCCAUGGUGCUGCCUGUCGCUGUGGUGCGGCCCUUGCGUGUCCUACAUGCUGCGCAGGCGCGCGCUAUACAAUGACAUGUCAAGAUACGUGUGCUGCGCCGGGUACAUGCCCUGCAGCGGCAAGUGCGGCGAGAGCAAGUGCCCGGAAGUGUGCCUCGCCACCGAGGUGUUCUGCUGCUUCGGCAACUCGGUGGCGUCCACCCGGUUCCUGCUGCAGGACGAGUUCAACAUCCAGACGACGCAGUGCGACAACUGCAUCAUCGCCUUCAUGUUCUUCCUGCAGCAGCUCGCCUGCAUCUGCUCCCUCGUCGCCUGCAUCGUCGGCAACAGCGAGCUCUCGGACGUCGCGCACGUCAUCUCCUGCAUGUCUAACCUGGUCUACUGGACGGUCUGCUCGUGUAUGCAGACGCAGCACAAGGUGGAGAUGGACAAGAGGGACGGCACGUUCAACACCAUGUCCGUACCUCCGAUGCAGGAGAUGUCACGCUGGUAAAGGUGCGACUGGCAUGUCGCGCUUCCAUCAGCCGGUGCAGCCUCAAGUCAGAUACGGAUACAAGUAGCUACGAACCAUCUUGUCAGAAAGAGGAUGAAUUUUUCAGCAGAAGGAAUAGAGAGACGAUAGAUAUGGAUACAGUCUCCUGUUUGUUUGGGUGAUUUUCGUGUUCUAAGCGAGUUUUUGAGUUUUGAUUUCUGAACAUUGAUCCUCGUCUUUUUCUGUUCCCGACACAUACUGUGUACUUCAAAGAAAUAAGAUGAGGCAAUGAGUGCAGUUGCAGUUCUCCACGAUACAA